GUGGUUUAGCGGAUAGAGCGCUGUGGCAGACGGAGCUGCGCGAGAGCGAAGCGGAGCGGCGCGCGGGGUGGAUCGUCCCCUCGGACUCUUCAGUUAUGGACGGAGCGGAGCCGGAGCGGCGCGUGUCCUCACCUGUCCUUAGAGCAGCCCUCACGGUCGGUCACGCGAGCGAAGUUCUGCGCGUUUGAGCGGGGGAAUGUCCUCAGAGCAGCAGCGGAGAUGGACACAGUUAAAUGAGAGUGGGGUCAGCGGCGAGUGUCCGAGCAGAAUGUAGACAGAUUUCUGUCUGAAGCGCUGAAAAGAGCGACAGAGGACGUUCCUCUAACCUGCUGCCUCCUCUCUCCCUCCUUUCCCGAAGGACUGACUCCGAUCCUCGCUCCUUGGUGAAGAGGAGUGCAGUCAGGAUUUAACUGCAGCCUCCGCGAGUCUCCGUCCGGCUUCUGGCUGGAAGAAUUUCUUCUCAUAAUAUAGAUAAAGUCCUCAGCUCGGUGUGAAAUUCAGAGCCGGUCGGUCACUCGAGCGCAGGCUUCCUUACAGGGUCUGUCUGGAAGGAGUUGGGUUUGUUUCAGCAGCUCGUUCCGCUCUCUCCGCCAUGGCUUUACCCGACAACUCCAGUGGCGUUCCGGAGGAACUUACCUUUCCUGAGAUUAUUGAACUAAACGUCGGGGGCCAGGUGUACAUAACCCGCUACUCCACCCUGACUAGCGUGCCGGACUCCCUCUUGUGGGAGAUGUUCAGCCAGAAAAGCCCUAAAGGCUUGGCUCGCGACACCAAGGGUCGCUUCUUUGUCGACCGAGAUGGCUUCCUGUUUCGCUACAUACUGGACUACAUGCGAGACCAGCAGCUUGUCCUGCCUGACCACUUCCCUGAGCGAGGGCGGCUGCAGCGGGAAGCCGAGUUCUUCAACCUUCCAGAGCUGGUCAAGCUGCUGGCCCCAAAGAUCAGCAAACAGAACUCCCUGGGCGAUGAGGGUUGCCAGAGUGACCCCGAGGAGUCGUCGCCCAGCGCCGAUGCCGCUCGCAACCUGGCCUCUCUCGGGGCGGCGGCGGCCACCUGCUCCAGCUUAGUGUCCGGCAGCGGGGACGGCAAGCGCUCCGGCUUCAUCACCAUCGGCUACCGGGGGUCCUACACGUUGGGCCGCGACAGCCAAACAGACGCCAAGUUCCGGCGGGUGGCUCGGAUUAUGGUAUGUGGGAAGACCUCUCUGGCCAAGGAGGUUUUUGGGGAAACUCUGAACGAGAGCCGGGACCCCGAUCGGCCCCCGGAGCGCUACACCUCCCGCUACUACCUGAAGUUUACUUUCCUUGAGCAGGCCUUCGACAAGCUGGCUGACGCCGGCUUCCACAUGGUGGCCUGCAACUCGACAGGGACCUGCGCCUUCGCUCACGACCAGACGGACGACAAGAUUUGGACCAGCUACACUGAAUAUGUGUUUUACCGUGGCAAAGCUCCAUCCCCACCAAAUACAUGUGACCCUGAAGUUCUAGACAAGCCAGAUGAUCAGCCAACAGAGGACCAAUGCAAGGUCAUUUCCGAUGCCGACCCAGACUUGCAGGACGUGCCUCCGCUGGACCCUGUAGAACCUCUGCCAAACCAGGACAGCCCUGAGCUGCCACUCCCACCACCUCCACCACCAAUUUUUGAUCCUUCAACGCCGCCUCCCAACCCUCGUCCCAACCCCCCUCUAAACCCUCCCCUGAGCCCUCCUCCAAUACCUACCAUCAGCCCCGCAAGGCCCACCACUCUGGCCCUGAAGACUCUGCCCCGUCCUGUCGCCACCAAGGAGAACGGUGGACCCCUGGCUCAGGAUCCAGAGGAAGAGGAGAGGAAGAUGAUGGAGGAGGAGCUUAAGAAGUGCAUUGAGGAUUUCCACAAGAUCCGCAUCCCCAAGCUUUUCCCCGAUCGCAAGAGGACCUGGCAGAAUGACCUUCUGAAGAAGUACAAUGCCUGACUCUCAUGCAACCAGAGGCUAAUGCUGCAGAGACAAUGCAACCUCAGUGUCAUUGGCUUCCUGAAGACAGAAACCACCUUCAUAUAUACUCAGGAGAGACCGUGCAUAUAUAUGGGUGACAGAAGCAUGUUGUUAUAUUCUACAUGUUCUUUACUGGUGACGUCUUUUAUGUCAGCCACAAAAACUUAAAGCACUAAAACAACAAGCUUGGAGACGCAAUCAAGAGAGAUUGUGGAAAGACUUAAAGUAGUCAGUCUGGUUUGUAAGACAGUCUUAAUUGAUACUGUGAGUUUGCAAAUCUUUGAUGGUUCUGAUUUUUAUUUUUAAACCUGAUGCUACUUAACAACCUUGAUUUCUUACUUUCCAGAGGGGUUGGGGUUUAGCGGGAGGGGUUGGGGAGUAUGACUGACAUUGUGCUGAUUGUGGUCCGUUCUGACUGCCAUUCGCUGAUUGCAAAUCAUUGCCGACAGCUGAGUAGAUGGUAGUAUCGCUGCAAUUAAGCUAAAUAAGGCAAAUAAUAUUUAAAGUGCUAUUAAAUGUCUGCAUGUCUACACUGAACUGAUUAAACUUGUCACAGGAUCAUUGUACAUAUCGUAAUCGUUAUGAACACUGUUCUCCAUCGCACUGUCUAACUGAACAUCUUCCAUUAAAGCUCCACAAUCCAUCGAUAAAAAGAUGGUGCUGUCAUAGAA